AAGCAUUUCAAAAGCCUCUAUUCCCUCCGAAAAGCGACAUUGUUUCAGAGAUUGAAGAUGGAGUCAGCAACGAUUAAAGGCGCAGGUGGUAGACGAGGAGGAGAAAGGAAGAAGGCGGUGAGGAAGUCGACGAAGGCAGGGCUCCAGUUCCCCGUCGGUCGGAUCGCUCGGUUCAUGAAGAAAGGUCGUUAUGCCCAGAGAAUGGGAACCGGAGCUCCGAUCUAUCUCGCUGCCGUUCUCGAGUACCUCGCUGCAGAGGUGUUGGAAUUGGCGGGGAACGCGGCACGUGACAACAAGAAGAACAGGAUAAACCCGAGGCACGUGCUUCUGGCGAUAAGAAACGAUGAUGAAUUGGGGAAGCUUCUUCAAGGCGUCACUAUUGCUAAUGGUGGAGUCCUUCCCAACAUAAACCCUGUUCUCCUGCCCAAGCGCUCCACCACUGAUUCUGAGAAGGCCUCUCAGCCCAAAUCUUAAAGUCCCCAACAAGUUUAUUGGGCUUUUGUAGUUUGAGGCCCAUUUUGUAGUUCAUGCUUGUAUCUAUCGUAGUUCAUAUUCCCUAACGUGGUUUGGGCCCAUUGUGUAGUUCUGGGCUUUUGGUUGUUAACUUGGCAGCUUCAAAUAAAUUUAACUUUAUUGGUACUA